CACAAACACAAAUCAUUUUCUGUUCAAUCGCAAAGAGAGAAGAAGAAAGCGAAAGAGAGAAAAUCAGAGCUAUGUCAGGAAGAGGUAAAGGAGGAAAAGGUCUUGGAAAGGGAGGAGCAAAGCGACAUCGUAAGGUUCUUAGAGAUAACAUUCAAGGAAUAACAAAGCCUGCAAUUCGUCGUCUUGCUAGACGUGGUGGUGUGAAGCGUAUCAGUGGUUUAAUUUAUGAAGAAACUCGUGGCGUUCUCAAGAUCUUUCUUGAGAAUGUGAUUCGUGAUGCUGUUACCUAUACUGAGCAUGCUCGCCGUAAGACUGUUACUGCCAUGGAUGUUGUUUAUGCUCUCAAGAGACAAGGAAGGACUCUUUAUGGUUUCGGCGGUUAGAAAAUUGGGGGUUUCUUGAUUUCUUAGGUAAAAUUAGGGUUUCUUUGUAGUUUGAAAUUUCAAUGUUGUAAUUGUACUUGAGCUUUUAGCAUUAGCGAUUGUUUUUGCUUGCUCUGAGUUGUUAGUUGUUGAUUUGGAAUUUCAAUAUACUAAUUAAUUACAUGAAUUUUAGUUCUAUUCAA